GCGCGGCCGGAGGAUGCCGAGGGGCCGGAGCCGGGCGGGCCCGAGGCCGAGGCGCGCGCUGCCCCCCGCUCGCACCCCGUGAGCCCCGCCGGCCGCCCCUGAGCCCGCCGCCCCGGCUGCCGCCCGUGCUGCCCGCUCCGAGGCCGCGCCCUCGCCGCGGCGCUGCGUGUGGACGCCGCCGCCCAGACCCCGAGCCCCCGCCGCCGGCCAUGGAGGUGGCUCCCGAGCAGCCGCGCUGGAUGGCGCACCCCGCCGUGCUGAACGCGCCGCACCCCGACUCGCACCACCCGGGCCUGGCGCACAGCUACAUGGAGCCCGCGCAGCUGCUGCCGCCCGACGAGGUGGACGUCUUCUUCAACCACCUCGACUCGCAGGGCAGCCCCUACUACGCCAACCCGGCCCACGCGCGGGCACGCGUCUCCUACAGCCCCGCGCACGCCCGCCUGACCGGAGGCCAGAUGUGCCGCCCACACUUGUUGCACAGCCCGGGGCUGCCCUGGCUGGAUGGGAGCAAAGCAGCCCUCUCGGCGGCUGCAGCACACCACCACAACCCCUGGACCGUGAGCCCCUUCUCCAAGACGCCCCUGCACCCCUCAUCUGCUGGAGGCCCCGGAGGCCCCCUCUCCGUGUACCCCGGGGCAGGGGGUGGGAGCGGGGGAGGCAGUGGCAGCUCUGUGGCCUCCCUCACCCCCGCCGCAGCCCACUCUGGCUCCCACCUCUUCGGCUUCCCCCCCACGCCACCCAAAGAGGUGUCUCCUGAUCCCAGCGCCACGGGGGCUGCCUCGCCAGCCUCCUCCUCUGCAGGGGGUAGUGCGGCCCGGGGGGAGGACAAGGACGGCGUCAAGUACCAGGGGUCACUCACAGAGAGCAUGAAGAUGGAAAGCGGCAGCCCCCUGCGCCCAGGCCUGGCUGCCAUGGGCACCCAGCCUGCCACACACCACCCCAUCCCGACCUACCCCUCCUACGUCCCGGCCACCGCCCACGACUACGGCAGUGGGCUCUUCCACCCUGGGGGCUUCCUGGGUGGCCCGGCCUCCAGCUUCACGCCCAAGCAGCGGAGCAAGGCGCGCUCCUGCUCAGAAGGCCGGGAGUGCGUCAACUGCGGGGCCACGGCCACCCCUCUCUGGCGACGGGACGGCACCGGGCACUACCUGUGCAACGCCUGCGGGCUGUACCACAAGAUGAACGGGCAGAACCGGCCGCUCAUCAAGCCCAAGCGGAGACUGUCGGCCGCCAGAAGAGCGGGCACCUGUUGUGCAAAUUGUCAGACCACAACCACCACCUUAUGGCGCCGAAACGCCAACGGGGACCCUGUCUGCAACGCCUGUGGCCUCUACUACAAGCUGCACAACGUGAACAGGCCGCUGACCAUGAAGAAGGAGGGCAUCCAGACUCGGAACCGGAAGAUGUCCAACAAGUCCAAGAAGAACAAGAAGGGGGCCGAGUGCUUUGAGGAGCUGUCCAAGUGCAUGCAGGAGAAGGCCUCCCCCUUCAGCGCGGCCGCCCUGGCCGGACACAUGGCGCCUGUGAGCCACCUCCCGCCCUUCAGCCACUCGGGACACAUCUUGCCCACCCCGACGCCCAUCCACCCCUCCUCCAGCCUGUCCUUUGGCCACCCCCACCCGUCCAGCAUGGUGACCGCCAUGGGCUAGGGACCGCCCCCCGCGGACCGACAGACAGAUGCCGAGGAAGGCGCUCCCGGGCCCGGGGAGCAGACCCUCAGCUGCCCGUCCUUCCCCGGAGACGGACGGCGGUCCGGCCGGAGCCCCACGCGGCCUCACCUGCGGGCGCCCCGCCCUGUGGCCGUCACUGUGAAGUCGCGCUCUGGGCUGCGAGGCCACCUCCUCGGCCUGGCUGCCCCCCAGGUGGGGUGCCACCGCCGCUCACUGGUGAGCAGAAAGGACAACUUUUUGAAGAUGAAAGGGAGGGGCGAGGGACACACCGAGGAAGCCGCGUGGCAGGAAGAGGGAGCGGGCAAAAGUAAUUUAUUUCACUCUUGUUUCUCACGAGGACUGGGAGGCUCGGGCGGUCCGAGCUGCCCUGACUUCUUGGGGCUUCCUUGGCGCCAAGUGCCACGUGGCCCGCCCGCGUGGCCGGCGCAGGGGCCAGGUCUGCGGGCACCUCGGCCCGCACCCUCUCCGCCGGCUCCCUCUCCGAAAGCGCUGAACCCAGGCUGGGCUGAGCCGAUGCAGAGGGGCCGCGGCCGAGCGCUGAGGGCAGAGACAAUCACAGGCGGUCCCGCGCAGAUUCCCAGGCCAGGGCUGGGUCACAGGAAGGAAACAUUUUCUUGAGAGGGGAAACGUCUCCCAGAUCGCUCCCCUGGCUCUGAGGCUGGAGCUGGCGUGACCCAUGUGCCCUUCACGGGCCUGAGCCGCAGCCGCCGCCUCUGCCAGGUGGACCCCUGUACAUACGUCCUUUUUCUGCUCACCCCUAAACCCCCUCCUCUCCAACUCUGAGACAAAAGAAAAAAAAUAUUAAAAAAAAACCAAAAAAAAACUGCGUAAGCUUAACUCACUGAUGAGUUGUUUUAUUUUUAAACUUUUUUUGGGUCCAGUCAAUUGUACGUUGCCAUGAAAGCCCUUGCUAUGGAAAGGAAUAAAAUCUACAAACCAAGGCUGUAGCUUCGCAAUUAAUUAUUUGUGGAAAAGUUCUUGGAUCCCACAGCCCUAGGAUGGAGAGCCAGGGGCCAGGGGUGUGGCCUUGGCUGCUCUUGGCUUGCGGGGGGCUGACCUGGCAGGUGGCGAAGGCAGGAGCUGGGGGUGGGUCAGAGCCGGGACCGAGGGAGAGGCCACGACCCUGCCGCGUUCUGCUCUGCCUUGCUGUGGCUGUCUGGAUCCUUCUCAAGGUACAGCUGUACAUAACUGUGUCUGAGCUUAGAUUCUGUGUGCGGCGGCGGUGGCGGGGCGCGGUGGCCGGCGAGGGCCUGGCGCGGGAAGCGGAUUGUGCUGAUGUAGUCCAAGUGCAAUAUGGGGGGGCCCCACAGCCAGAAGUAACUUAUUUUGUACUCGUAUCCGCAUAAGAAGAAUCGGCAGUAUUUUCUGGUUUUUUGUCUUAUUUGGCUUGUUUUAUUUUGGAUUAGUGAACUAAGUUAUUGUUAAUUAUGUACAACAUUUAUAUAUUGUCUGUAAAAAUUGUAUGCUACCUUCCUAUUCCUUCAAAGUGAAUACUGUUCAGAAUAAUAAAAUACUUUUUGUGAAUGCCUCUGGCCUGUCUUGUGGGCUCCCGGAGCUCCGGAGGUCGUCAAGACCGAGCUAGUCCUGCAGCCGCUGUGGUGCGGGUGGAAG